AGUAUCACAGUAAUCUCUAUGUUACAAAUCUCUUAGGGAUGGGAUCCACUAUGCAAGAGGUUUCCAAAAUCUUCUUUGUUGCUUUUUGGGUCUUUUCAUUUACCCAUGUCAAAAGUCAAGAAUGCAGUACAGAAACAAUUCAAUAUGAGAAUGUGCAAAGAGGUGAUCUUCUUAAAACUUAUCAGAAUGGAGCGACAGUGAAAGUUAACUGUGCUACUGGAUACAUUGGAUCUUAUAAGCUGCAGUGUGAAAAUGGCAAUUGGAGAACAAUUAUUGAAACAGAAUGUGAAAAAAAUCCUUGUGGUCACCCAGGAGACACACCAAAUGGAGACUUUAAACUAACAGUAGGUUCAGAGUUUGUAUUUGGAGCGACAGUGAAAUACACAUGCAGACCAGGGUAUAAUAUGACCAGCAGAAUAGAUUAUCGUAACUGUCGUAUACAAGGGUGGGAUAAUGCUGUACCUGUUUGUGAAGCAAAACCAUCAGCUUGUGCACCGUUCUCCUUGACACAUGGGUUCAUGCGUAAAUCGGACAGAGGAUAUUUGUACACAUGUGACUCAGACUAUAAAACAUUUGAUGGGAAAUGGUGGGGAGAGGUAACCUGCCAGGGUGGUCAAUGGAGUGAUACACCACUGUGUAUAUCUGAAAAGCAAUGCGGUCAAAUACCCACAGUUUUUAAAGUAAUAAAUCAAGGAAAUCAAGUUUUUGAUGACAGUGUACGGCAUGAAUUUGAAUGUGAAGUAGGACCAUGUUGUUUUCAUUGUGACAAUGGGAAAUGGCAAAUCCAGGAUUGUGCAUAUCAGAACUGUCCUACUCCUCCCUAUGUUGAAAACGCCGUUAUUACUUCUCAUGAAGUGGGAACUUCUCAGCAAUCAGUGACAUAUGAGUGCCGUGAAAAAUACAGCAUAACCGGGCAACAGAAAAUCAACUGCAUCGACUCAAAGUGGGGAAAUGCACCAACAUGUACAUAUCUGUUGUGUUCCGCCGAGGGUGCCGUACCGCCGCCCGGCUGCGAAAAGGAGGUCGUACCACCGCCCGGCCGCAACAAGACCAGAACAUCGUCCCCAAGCUCCUCAGAAGGCGACGUCUCGCUUCCACGCUCCCAAGAAGGUGAUGUCUCGCCUCCAAGCUCCACAGAAGGCGACGUCUCACCUCCAAGCUCCUCAGAAGGCGACGUCUCACCUCCAAGUUCCUCAGAAGAUGACAUCACGCCUCCAAGUUUUUCUGAAGGCGACGUCACGCCUCCAAGUUCCUCUGAAGGUGACGUCACGCCUCCAAGUGCCCCUGAAGACAACGUCACACCUCCAAGUGCCCCCUCCGAAGACGCCGGCACAAUCCAGGAUCCCUCAGAAGCCGUCAUUGCAGACCUAGGUCCCUCCGAGAGUGAAAACACGGUCCAAGACUCCACCGAAAGCGCUUUUGCGCUUCAGGACCCCUUUAAAGACGAUGCAGCGGUCCCAAGCUCCUCUGAGGGCAACAUCACAGCCCAUUAUUUCUCUCAGGGCACCGUCGUGCUUCCAGAUUUUACUGUAAGCGUAGUUCCGCUCCAAGAACCCUCUAAAGGCGCCGGAACGCCCCAAAGUCUCUCUGAGGGCAACCACAUAGACCAAGACCUCUCUAGAGGUGAUGUAGUGCCCCCAAGCCCUCCGGAAAAUAACGUUGCAGUCCCAAGGUUCUUCAGGGGCGCCGUUGCGCCUCGAGACUUCUUUGAAGGAACAGGAACAAUGGAGUCAUGUCUUGUUGUCCUGUUUAUGUUUUACUUGGCCAGUGUUUCUACUUCAGCAAUGGAUGAUGAUGUCAACGGUGGCCCUUCAUCUGAAUUGACAAGCUGCUCAAAGAUCCCCGUAGUAGAAAAUGCUAAUGUUUCUCGUACUUCUUUGAAAAGCAAUUAUACUGCGGGAGAUUCCUUAAUCUAUAACUGCCAUCGAGGAUAUGUAGGAAGAGUAAACUUCGUUUGUGUUGGGCACAAAUGGGAAAGUAUUCGAAAAGCUGAAUGUUCACGUAAACGAUGUCAGCUUCCUCAAGAUACACCAAAUGGUCGAUUUACACUAAUUAAUGGCACUGAAUUUGUUUAUGAAGCCAUAAUUAAAUACACAUGCAAACAAGGUUAUCGCAUGGCGACUGUUUAUGACACCAGAACGUGUUUGCCUGAAGGCUGGAGCAACCACUUGCCUGAGUGUGAAGAAAUAGUAUGUCCUCCACCGGAAACUAAGAAUAACAUCAUUGUAAAUGGACUUCCAGAUUAUGACAAUCCACUAAGAUAUGGGCAUCAUUUAAUAUUCACUUGUGACUCUCCUGGUCUUAAAAUAAUAGGGCCAAAUGAAAUCGUAUGUGAAGAAAAUGGAGAAUGGAGUGGUUCAAGUCCUGCUUGUGAAGAAGUCAUUUGUGAGUUGCUGCCGAUCCAUGGCUUGUUCGUUUUUGGGCUUCCACAGAAUAACACACCUGCCAAAUUUGGACACAAGUUAUCUUUCCACUGUGCACAUGCAGGCAUGGUCCUAAAAGGAAACAAUGAAGUUUUCUGUUCAACUGAUGGAAAUUGGAGUCACCCGUUUCCCAGAUGUGAAGAGAUUACUUGCAAAGGAGAGGAACUUAAUAAUGUAUUUAUUGUUAAUGGAUAUCCAGGAGUUUAUCCACCAUAUAAACCGAAUCAUUCUUUAGCCUUUCUUUGUGUUAAUCCUUAUAUGAUUAUGAUAGGACAACCAUCAAUUACAUGCAAACAAGAUGGAACAUGGAGUAGUCCAUACCCUAGAUGUUUAGUGAACUAUGGAGUUUGUGGCCCUCCGCCAUACUUUCAAUUUGCUGAUACAGUUACUUUAAGGAAAAACUACUAUAGUAAUGGAGAACGAGUUCAAUACCAGUGCAAUGCUUUGUACACUUUAGCUGGCAAUGGCAUCGCAACCUGUGCACAAGGAAUAUGGAGAGGAAAUUUUAAAUGUUUAAAACCGUGCACUGUGACCAUUGAAGACAUGGAUGCCCGGAACAUAGAGCAAUAUUAUGGAGAAAAAUAGUCAUGCACGCAAAACAUGAAGAAUUCAUUACCUUUACAUGCCAAUAUAGAAGAAAAGCAAAACAUAACAGCCUGGCCUUCCGUCAGCAGUGCAAAAAUGGAGUAAUGACCCUGCCAUCUUGCCAGUAAUAUACAUCAGAUUAUCUCAAAUCUAUGGUUGAUGGAUGAUAUUUAUAAACCAAUUUCAUUCAUGAUUCUAAUGAUUAUUGUUUGCUUGUUUUUAUUUCUUUAGCAAUUGGGUGUCAUAUCAAAAUUAUGAUUAGUAUCUCAGUGUCACUCAAAGAAAGUAAAUUAGGUGUAGUUUAUAAUAAUGUAGCAUUAAAUCAUUGUUAUGGAAUGACAAGCGUGGAAAAAAGAAAUUGGUGUGGAGAUGUAAUCGCAUGAACUUAUGUGACAAAAUACAUACUGAAGUCACCUGUCAAGUCAUCUAAUCCAAUAAACAUUAUACUUUAUCAAAGGCA